CGCCGCGCGUGGAAGAAUCAGUGAAAACUUCUCCCCGAAGGGAGCCCAUCGAGGCGCCGAAAAUCAAUUCGAUUAUCCUUUUGUUCCAAUCAUUUUGUUUAAUGUUUAUUCAAGCCACUCGGUACUCAGUAAUAUUCCAGUUCUCAUUGCCUUUGCCGGAGACAUUGCUUCAUCCAACUCCUAAUCUAUAAUGACAGGGAAGGAAACAUGUGGAGUGAAUGGAUCAAAAUGUGUGGAGGAGGACACCAUGCUGAAGUCUUUGUUUGAUGCCUUUGGUUCUGCAUUUUCACUUAAUGAGAUAGCUUCUGCCUAUUUGAAGGCAGGCUAUAACGCAGACUUGGCGGGUGAAAUCCUGUUCCAAAUGCAGGGAAGCACCUCUAGCUCCGCAUCCAACGGUGAGUUAGGAAAUGGAGAUAAUUUGGGUCAGCAUAAAGUGUUUGAGAAGUCGAAUCAGGUCAAAGGGAACCAGAAAACAGGAAAGUCAAAGGUCCAGCCUUUUUCAGCAGGCACAGUUUCUAACGUUAUUGGUAAAGAGUAUGCUCGUUCCAAGCCAUCAGCAAAUAAUAUUACCAAGGUAUACAAACCGGUAAAGGUGGGGGUAAAGGCUUUGCAUGAAUCUCCAAGUGAAGGAGACUGUACAGGCAUACCUAGUGACUUCCACCUGCAUCAUGAUAUGGAAGAUUUUCUCUUCAAAAUGCUUGGUGACGGGUUCAAGUUGAAAAGGGAAGUGAUUCGAGAAGUUCUUGGUAGUUGUGGAUAUGAUAUGAAAAAGAGCAUGGAGAUUUUGCUUAAUCGGUCAAUAACACCGGUGGAUGAAAGACUUGGUUCUGGAAAAAAUUCCACUGACAUGACUGUAGCUUCGUGUUCAAGAUCAGAUUUAAUUUCACGUCAGAGAAAUAAGCCAGAAAACCAUUAUCUUGGAGGGAAUGGAAAUAUAGCAUCAAGCAAAAAAGACAUGGAGUUAACUAACCGGGAGAAGGCCAGAAUUGACCUUCAAAAGGAGGUUUUGACUGCUUUAUUUAAUGCUUCUGAGGAACCAGAAGAGGAGUUACCAAGAAGAACAGUACCAAGAAUGAAGCAGUCUAGAGCACGUGAUUGGUUGCUGAGUGAACCAUUCAAAGACAUGGAGGCAGAGUCCGAGAAGUGUGUGGAGUACGAGGAGAAGCCUAGUCUGGAUGAUGAGGCUGAGGAAAGUAACUACCAACUUCUUCGUAAAGCUGUCAGGGAGUACCGGGGCACAAUGAAGGAAUAUUAUGCAGCGGGCAUAGAUGCAUUUGCUAAAGGGGAUUCUGUUCGAGCAGCCAAACUCAUAGAUGGGGGGCACUUUUUUCAUAAAAAGGCUCAAGAAGCAGAUGAACAAUCAAGUCAGUUGCUUUUUGAACCCAGAAAUGCAGAUACUGAAGACGAUGAAAUGUUGCUUGAUUUGCAUGACAUUGGUGGCAAGGAGGCAGUGAGAGUUUUGAAGUCUCAAAUUUCUUCACUCUCUGGGAUUCCAUCAAUCAAACAUCUUAAAGUAAUUUUUGGGGCAGAUGAUAAAGAUACCUCAAAACGGUCAUGCAGACGUUUGGUUAUGAAGCUAUUGGAGAAAGAGUCAAUUCAGUGGACUGAGGAAGAAAAUGGGAGCUCCAUUGUAAUUCGGUUGGAUAUUAUUGAUCGAACAGGACUAAGUUUCGUGAAAAGAAUGCAUUGAGAACAAAUGGGCAACAAAGGAAAAUGGAUAGAACUCAAAACAGGAAAUCCAUUGAAGAUAGAACUUAAAUUGCAUCCGGGCAAAACACCCUUGUAUCUGUGUUUUUUUAAUCUUAGAUUCACAUUCCUGAGUGUAUGUUUUGGUGUGUAUGGAGCUUGAGAUUUGAGGCCACAUCAUUGGGGAGAGAAACCUUGAAGAAAAUCAAAGCUUUUGUGAUUCUUGGAACUCGCUUAAGGUAUAACUAGUUUGUGUAAACUGUAAAGCCAAGUCAUAUAUCCUGAAAUGGCUUGUAGGUUUCUAGUUAUGAAGCUAUAGUAAUACUUUACACGCACCAUCUCCAAACUUAGUGCAUGUCAUAUUUUUACUUC